AUGGAUGUGUACUUUGGCAAUGGGCCUCAUCAUGACCGUUGCUGUAUUUACAAUGAAAACAACGUGGUGGAUGGUGUUUAUUGUCUCCCAAUAGGACACUGGAUUGAAGCCACGGGGCAUACCAAUGAGAUGAAACACACUACAGAUUUCUAUUUUAAUAUCGCAGGCCACCAUGCCAUGCACUAUUCAAGAAUUGUGCCAAAUAUCUGGCUGGGAAGCUGUCCUCGCCAAGUGGAGCAUGUUACCAUCAAACUGAAGCAUGAACUGGGGAUUACAGCUGUCAUGAAUUUCCAGACGGAAUGGGAUAUCGUGCAGAACUCCUCCGGCUGUAAUCGCUACCCAGAACCCAUGAGUCCAGACACUAUGAUGAAGCUGUAUAAGGAGGAAGGCUUGGCCUAUGUCUGGAUGCCCACAGCAGACAUGAGCACUGAAGGCCGAGUGCAGAUGCUACCCCAGGCCGUGUGUCUCCUGCAUGCUCUCCUGGAGAAUGGACACAACGUGUAUGUCCACUGCAACGCCGGGGUGGGGCGCUCCACUGCGGCCGUCUGCGGCUGGCUCCACUAUGUGCUGGGCUGGAAGCUCAGGAAGAUACAAUACUUCCUGAUGGCCAAGAGGCCCGCGGUGUUCAUUGACGAAGAUGCCUUGUCCAGGGCUCAAGAAGAUUUCUUCCAGAAAUUCGGGAAGAUUUGUUCUCUCAGAUGCACUCGGUAGCUGGCCAGCCUGCCUCUCGUUCCUCCCAGUUUGUUUGCUUGUUUUUAGAGAAGUGUGAGAUGAUAUUAAUUAAGUG